GUAUUGAACGUAUCAGACAGUUGCCUGGCUUCACCUAGUGAGUCAUUGACGAUAUUUCUUCAAAGAGAGUAGAAAGAUUCAACAAAAAGGAACUAAUUGAAAAACAUUCUAAUCAUGAAUUCAAUGAUUAGGAUUAUCUUACUUUUAGCGUUUUGCUCGACGCAUUCAGCCCAUGAAAGAUUUUGGUAUCCCUACCACGAUGGAACUUCAAGAGUUGUCCGUCUGACCGCCGAUACCCUUCAGAGUACCCUUCAAAAUAAGAACGUUGUCGUUGUACACUACGAAUUGGCAAAUGAUCAAAACGAAAAAGGGAAGAGCGACACUAUAAAUAAAAUGUUAGAGACAACUGCGCAAGUUCUCGAAAAUAAUCAAGUUGUUGUUGGCGUAUACAAUCUUGCUGACGGAGCCCCUGCAGAAGGAGGCUUACAACAACCAGGAGCAAUAAAAGUAUAUAGACAAGGCAAACCAUUCGAUUUCAAUGGUUAUCAUUUACCUGAAACUUUAUUGUCUUUCAUUAGCAAGGUUAAUUCUACUGCGGUUACGCAAAUAGCAAAUAAACAAGAUAAGAAACUCUUCGAUAGCUACGAAGGAACAAAGGUUAUUGGAUUUUUUCAACAAGAAAGUGGUGCUUAUAAAUUUUAUGAACAAGCUGCCGAAUUUUUUCAUCCCAACAUACCAUUCUUUGUUGUUUUCGAUCAACUAAUCGCCAAUAGCCUUCGUUGUAAGGGAACUGGUAUCAUUGAGUUAGUUCUUCCAUUUAGAAAGGAUAGAGUACAAUGUCCCCAAAUUCCUGCCACAACUGAAGAAAUAGUUAGCUUUGUUCGACAAAAUAGAAGUACAUCUUUACUGAAAAUAACCAAAGAAAAUGUUCACUCUUUAUGGGGUGAAAGAGAAAACGACGUCGUCGCCUUCUAUUCAGCCUCCUCUCCAGCAGGAAGAUCAUUUUUUAAAGUCAUAAAAGGAAGAGCUAGAUAUUGUAAUGCAACAGCAAAUCCUAUGCUCGCUAUAGAUAUAGACCAAUUUCCAAUGUUGGUCGACGUUUGGCAAUCUCUGUUAAAAAUUGAUUUAUCUCAACCUCAUUUGGGCUUUAUCAACUCUAAAACAUAUGAGUCUGCAUGGAUGGAUAUUUCAUCUUUCCCAACGUUAACACCAGUUGAUCAGGGUAGAGCUGUUCAACAAUGGAUGCAAGAUAUAGACGACGGUCUGAUUAAAAAUGACGGUUCAGAGCCAGCAACAAUUGAAGGUGAAAGAGCACCGUUGAGCUGUCAGGAAAAAGUAGAAAAAGUCAAGAAAAGUGAAAAAGAAGCAAAAAGAGAAGAGGUGAAAAAUACUCAAUCUGUUGAAGUUGAAGCAGAGAAAAUUUCAAAGAGUGAGGAUAAAGAAGUUGCUGAAGAAGCCAAACAAGAAGCUGUGGUGGAAGAAAUAGAAAAACAGAAGGUUGAAAAAACUCAAGCUGAAAAAAAGGAAAAGAAAGAAACAGAAAAGAGCGAGAAAGUUAAAAAACCGAAGGUAGAGGGGGAAAAGAAUAAUCAAAAAGAAGAUCAAAAGAAGAAAGUAGAGAGAAAGAAGAAGGAGGAAAAACCGAAAAGAGAAGAUAACAAUAAAAAAGAAGAGCAAACUAAGAAAGAAGAAAAACCAAGAAAAUCGAAAAAAGAGAAUAACGAACAAAAAAGAGAAGAAGAGGAGGAAAGAGGAGAGAAACAAGUUGAGAAAGAAAGAGAUAAUAAGAAAAAGAAAAAUUAUAAGAAUAAGAAUAAGAAUGAGGAACGUAAAGAAGAGAAAGAAGUAGAAGAAAAACAAGAUAAGAAGAAUGAAAAAAAAGGAAAGAAACAGAACAAAGAAAAGAAAUUUAAAGAUGAAAAGCAACAAAAGAAUAAGAAAUAUAAGAAAUAG